AUGUCAUAUAAUCGACGAGCCUGUAUUGAUCAUCAUUCAGGCACAUUUCUUAACCUUUUCGCUAACGUGAAAAACCCUAUUCAACCGGACUCACUUCUGACCUCCACGACACCCAAAGGCCACCAUGCCUCGCACCUUUUCAAUAAAUCCUCAAUGAAAACAGUAAAACACGUUUUCUCCAAACGUCAAGGAACUUCUUAUGACGUUAAUUAUAAUCACUACCCAUGUAAAUUAAUCGAGUGUACGGAUACAAGAACUAUGUAUUACAAACACCUUUCACGUUUUAGAAUUACCACUCCGACUAAGUCCACUUCUUUCAGUAAACAACAUGAGAGAUUUGAGAGAAAUUGUAGAAGAACUUUCAAUAAGGACAAAUCACACAUAGCGGAAGCUUCUGAAAUUAAUGAUCGCCUAGCUACUGCUAAUCGACAAAGAUUUCUAUUUUUUCACCCUCAAAAUAUUAACUCACCUAUUACACAUUUAAAAUAUAAAGAGUGUAAUCCCCGUAGAGAGAAUUACUCUUUCCCUAUACCUAUUCACAGUACCAAGAACAUCCGUUUGGAUAGUCCUUCGACUCAGAAGGUUAACCCUUCUUCACCUUUAGUCAAACAUAAAUAUAGAUAUACACCACGUCCAUCUACGUAUUGUCAUGAAAUUUCAAAUACGCCCAACAAUCCUUGGGACGGUGCAACUUUAGGAAUGGUCAACAAAUACAGUGAACAUAGGGACUUCAUGUAUAAAUUUGAAGCCCAGCGUCAAUUUAACCUUACACGCCAAAAUUACAUCGCAUCCCUCUCUCGGAAACGAUCAGCAUAUUUCUCUGAUGCCGACAUUUCUUCAAUCGCGAGUUAUGAUUCCGCACAAACUCACCAGUCUAGUAUAAGUUUGGAGACUCCUGUCCCCUCUCCACCAGCAGUCGCUGGACCUUCUAAUUAUAAUCAUCCAACCCCUAUUUCCCCUUUACCUGUUAAAAUAUCACCUGAGCUUUCUAAUUCGAAUGGCUCCCCCCCUAACAUGACCACUUCAUCCACUUUACCACCUGCGCAAAUAGAGAUAAGGCAAUUUGACCUUUUUAAUUCAGAUCCUUCUUUUCGGUAUACCAUAUCAAACUUAUUUUCACCACCUCAAAGUCAUAAUGAGGCAUUUUCAUCAUCUGAUGAAUACAUAACGGCUGAUUCAGAUGAUAAAGAUUCAGCAGAGCUUUUUAAUUCACCACCUGCUCCUUUAAAGAUCGUACAACUGGAUAAUAUUUUUAACCAGAAUGGUCCCACUCCCGUAUAUGAUCCGUUCGGGUGCCAGAAACCAAAAGGUUUCGAGUAG